UACAAAGACACCUAUCGACAUUGUUCUAUUUAUUUUCUUGUUGGUAUAACGAACUUACUCUUUCGAUAUUUAAAUUUCUUUUUUAAUUCGUGAAAUUUGCGUUUGCAAGGCCAAAGAGCUAUCACGUGGUCUCGAUGGCACUCACGCCCUUCCUCGCUCUUUCGUAAACUUCUGAUAUGGAAACCUCAAGAUAAAAAUUGCGUUUCUAACAAGGCUUCAGUUUGUUCAAGUGGGCUACCGACGUCUAUCGAUCUUCUACGGUUCAAAUCAAACGUGUUAUUAGCUGGCAAAUAGAAAAGGUGCCCUACUAGCAGUACUUCUCUUUCUCUUAUUUAAACACUUGCCGAUUCACUUCUCUGGAUUUUCGCGAUGUUCCGUUUAUGUUUUGGUAAAGUUUUUUUUUUUUUUUUUUAAACAACACGCGUAACCAAAACAGCGAGGGAAACUAGGGAAAAGUUUUGUUAGCAGGGUAAAAAGAAGUGGGUAGACUGGGGGGGGGCACACUUAGUCAGCUCCACCGCCCCUUUCAGGGUAAUCCUAUCAACGUGCAUUUAUCAUUUUAAUUGACAUUGAUAUCGAAUAAGGCGUCAUACAUUCUCUUCUUUUACAAUGAAUCUAAAGCAUGUUGUCAGGACUAAUUUUGUAUAUUUCUCAUAAGAAUGGGAGUCGUAUUUUUUAUAGGGGUUGAUACUAGUUAACAUCUGUUAAUUUUAGCCUUGACUUGUAAAUAUUUGAUGACUGGUUUGAGUUUUGAAAUUCAUGUCAAUUGGAAAUUAAUGAUUUAUCCCUUGGUGAUUCAAUACCCUACUUGGGUACCAGCUCACUUCUCCUGAUUUCUGUAAAUGGAUUAUUCUAAGGUUAUUAGAAGUAAAACACAGUCAUCCAAUCCUUUGCCAUGCAACCUUACAUGGUAAGAGUGUGACCUUUCUUGAUUCAUAUAGAAAAAACGCCAUGCAGUUAACAUUUAAAGUGUCUGAAGAAUUUCAGACGCAAGCCGUAAAUGCACGCUCGACGAUGUGGCGCAGCUCACAUAUUUUCGAAAUGCGGCAGCAAUUCGCUUUAAAUGAAUUGAAAAUGUUCGGUUCGAACACAUUUUCGUUUUUCUCUUCCAAGCAAGUCUGUCUAGCCUGCAAAUCUCCUACGGAGAUGAUUAUAUUAUACUGCAUUUAUACUCGUGUAAAUGUUUUCGUUUUAUGUAUUCCAUACAGUGUAGUGCAAUGCCCUCAAUAGAGACACUAAAAGACAUGGGAAUAACGUGAAGGCUCUGAGAACUGUUUUGGUUUCGUUUUAAUUAACCCAACGCGGCAGGAGUUGUAAUGGUAAUACUCUAUUUUUCAAACAAACCCUCAUUUAAACAUCGGCCUAUUCCAUUAAAUGAAUUUACCAAACUGGCUCAGCCAAUCAGAACACCUCGUUGCGAUUCAAAGAGGAUCGUUACUACCACGUGACCUAAGCGUAAUAGUUAUGUCGCAUUCAAGAGAGUGAAUUUCUUAUGUGGGGUUGGAUCAGUUGAAGUCACUUCAUUAGAUUGUUCAUCCAGUGGCUUAGGAGUACAGUUCUUGAGUCACAGACGAGUAAGCUGCAAUAAUUGUGUUGAUUAUGUAAUACGCAAGGAUGAUAGUUAGACGGUGGAACCAGACACUGAUCGCUGUCCUCUGGUGGAUCGCUGGAGCAAGAUUUCUUGAAGCUCGUAACAGGACGUCACAAGCGCAAGCUGUCUCGAUCAUCUUCAAUGACUACGACAAACACACGAGACCUUACUCCACCACAGGGCAACCUGUUAACAUCACAGUCAACAUGCGAAUCAACUCAGUAUUCGACGUUCGAGAGGAGGCAAUGGAUUACACAAUGCGGUUUGCUUUUCGUCAAAAAUGGCGCGACCCCCGCUUGACCUAUAACAUCAGCCUUACUCGCGGCCAAGGUCACCCGUACAUUCAGUUAGAGACCGCUGACCUUAUUUGGUACCCGGACACAUUCUUCAUGAACGCGCGAAAGUCGUACAUACAUGACGUCACCAAGAAGAACCUGGGAAUUCGGUUAUUCCCUGACGGGUCCAUAUAUAUGAGCCAAAAGAUCACUGUUACAGCGGAAUGUCAAAUGGAUCUUCGAAAAUUCCCGAUGGACACUCAAGUUUGCGUACUUCAGUUUGAGAGCUUUUUCCACACGGCAGCAGAGAUCGUCCUCAGGUGGGAGGAGGGGGACACUCCUGUGGCGAUAUCCAAAGAUAUGAACCUCCCGCACUUUGAUAUCGUAGGGCUAGAGACCAAGCAGAUCUAUAAUGUCUACAAGUCAGGGAAGUUCAACAGCCUGGAGGUGCACAUCACGUUUCGGCGUCGUCUUGGUUACUACCUGAUCCAGACGUACCUCCCAUGCGUGUUCUUGUGCUUUCUCUCGUGGAUGCCUUUCUGGAUGGAUCCGAGUGAGACUGGGGAUAGGCUGGCUGUGGGGAUAACCGCUGUCCUUACCAUCGUGUUUUUGGCGGGCGCGAUGAACACGAACAUGCCCAAGGUGUCGUACAUGAAGGCAAUCGACUGGUACGUCAUCGCAUGCUUUCUCACCAUGGUCCUCUCAUUUGUUGAGUCGAUGCUCGUGUUUAGAAUGGUGGUGCACAGUCGGGAGAAGAAGGACUUAGAGGAUGAGGUAGAUUGGGGAGUCACGCCAACAAGGAGGAAGGAGAUAUCAGAGUCUGAAGAAGACUUGAGACAACUCUCAGAAGCUAUGGAGCCUACAGCUAACGGUGAAGUCAGAGCUAGAAUGAUAAACACCGCGAAAACCCGACUAGUCAAGCUACCACCAGCUCCGCUGAUCAGCUUUCGCGGGCGUAGAAACAGGCGAGGUUACCUAAUCAUCAAGUCCAACUCCAUCGACCGAGUCUCUCACGUCCUGUUUCCAGGCGCAUUCAUACUUUUCAACGUCGUCUACUGGAUGAUGUAUCUCAAUUAAAAAAGGAGGGGAAAUGAGAGCCGCGGUACAAAAACGUUGUUCGGCUGAAUCCUUUGUUUUGCGGGGCUUGUUAUAUGUUAUAUGAAAAUCGUCGUAAAUCCCUGAAAACGCUGAGAACGUUCAUGACUACGUUUUGGUUAUGAACUUAUGUCGUAGAAACUCAAUCCGUCCAGAUACCAUUAAUAAAUGCUUUAAAUAGGAGAUUGUAAUGUUGAGGGACGUUGGACAAAAGUGUAUUCACUGUUGAAUGGUUCAAACGAGGCCCAAGACAAGUUCUUCUGUCAGGAUAAAAUUGUGAGCACCAGAAAAUGUAUACACCGCUUGGAAUGUCGUACUGUGAGAAACCAGGUGUUAUUAUACCCGUGCGCUUCAUGGGGAUCAACUAAAUGAACAAAUAAGCGCUUUUAUUAUUCAUUACUGGAAAGAAUUUAAGUAUUCUUGCCGACGCCUCUCCUACCCCACGGCCAAGGAAGCCAGAUUUUGUCAUUCAUAUUUCCCCCUGAUUCAACAGUACUAAGGUCGGCACCAGGCUCCGUAGAGUGUGCCUACCACGGCUUGUUCGCGGUACAAAAAUAAUUACACCUUUUGCUGUUCAUUAACGGGAAAGGUACAUUCAUUUUUGCCAAAAGUUACAUCGAUAGCGUGUAUUAUACGUUCAUCAACAUCGCACGAAACAUCAUUUAGCGUGACUUGACUUUCAAUAGCAAUAAUUGAAUAUUCGUGAAGAUUCAUUAGCAUCAACGGAGAAACAAUAACGCAUUUGGACAUUCAAUGUCCAUUCGCUGUAGGGCGGUAACUUUUUAGCUCAGUGUUUGGGCCGGUAUCUAGUGGGUUAUGGUGCGCUGGUGCACCGUCAUAAAUAAAAGUGACGUUUUCGUUGGGGUAAAGAUUCAGUCGUGUUUGUGAAGUCGUUGAAUCUUUGUGCAUUCAUUCCCCCGAUGAUAGAAAAGUGGAAGAUAAGACCGUUAGUGGGCGAAAUAGCCAAAGUGACUGUGAUAUUUCUUCCAAUUAGACCACAUACUUGGCGGUACGCUCUCUCCCUCCCUAUAUCUAGCUCUUCCCUGUGUUCGAGGGGUUUCUUGGCGGCAUUUCUUAUACAAACGUUUUCUGUUUUUCUAGAGCGAACGAGUGAGUUUAUACUUUUUGCUUUUUUAAAACCUCCACAAAAAGUGUUGUUUGUUUGUCUGUUUUUUUUUUUUGUUAAAAUUAUUUAUAGUUCUAUAUUUCUCUUAAUUAUAGGAGCCAACUGUUCAAAGAAAAAAGAAAAAUAGUAACUCUAAUGAAAUUUUAUUUUUCCUUGUUGUUUGGUUUAAAUCGGAUAAAUGGUUGUCAAACCACAUUGGUGAAUGUCACAUUGAUGAACAUGAUUGUCUGAAAGGGCUUAUUGAUUGUCUUUGUUUAUGUUAAUAGCACUAAUGAAUUUUCUAUUUUUUAUAACCGAUUGUCAAUAAACGCUACUGAUUGUCCAAACGUGUAAUUGAAUUUUCGAUUGCAUGCAAAAGAAUGUUCAUCCCAUCCCGAAUGAAUGCCCAAUUGCGUUAUUGAUUGUCCGUUGAUGCUUUUGAAUGUUCGCGCAUAUUCAAUCAUUGUUAUUGAAAGUCGAGUUCGAUCGAGUCACGCUAAGGAUGUUUCGUGCGAUGUUGAUGAACGUACAAUGCACGUUAACGAUACAACGUUUGGCACAAAUGAAUGUCCCUUUCCCGUUAUUGAACAGCAAAAGGUGUAUAUGAAUAAGUAAAACACAAAUAACGACUUGUACAUUCCAACAGUCCAACGUUAUUUGAAUAUAUGCGUAUGUACAACAUGCUUUAGCCUCUCAUAUGACCAAAUAAACGACCAAAGAAAAUUA